UAGGCCAUUUAUCUGGUGGAGCAGAGCGUACAAGAUCGAAACCAUCAGAACGAUCAGCACUUAAUUUGUUACCAAUGUAACGGAGUUGAAUGAGUGUGUAGCCUGCAUGCUCGGAGCAAGUCCCUCUUCGGGUUCCUUGCUUUCUGCGCCAUCUAUUUGGCUCCAGGCUUGUUUAUCACCGACAGCCCUGUUGUAAUCGUCGGGGACGCAAGGGGGUCUUGUAAAGUGAACGCUGGCUGUGUCAACCUGUAACAUUAUUGCUGAGUCCGCUCGUUUGAGACACUCUCACGGGGGGAGGGAAGUGGAACAGCCGUCCCCAUGAGUCCCGAGACUCGUCCGCUUCACAGCGCCAUCUGUCGAACCCAAUCCGCAACUGCAGUGCCUUUCUCCUUCCGAUUCUCCAAUGUUCACAGCUCGGCCGGAGCUUGUCGUCUUCCCGGCUCCAAAUCCAAGGGAUUUUCAGAUCUUCUAACUGCCCCAGAUCAGGACAGGAACGCGCUAAAGUGGGAAAAUGUCCAGUGACAGACAACGAUCAGACGACGAGAGUCCCAGCACCAGUAGCGGCAGCUCCGAUGCCGACCAGAGAGACCUGCCAGUACCCGAACCCGAAGAGCAGGAGGAGCGGAAACAGCCCACCGCUUCGCAGCAGCAAAAGAAGAAUACCAAACUAUCCAGCAAAACAACGGCGAAACUGUCUACCAGUGCUAAAAGAAUUCAGAAGGAGCUGGCGGAGAUCACCCUGGAUCCCCCUCCGAACUGCAGCGCGGGGCCUAAGGGAGACAACAUAUACGAGUGGAGGUCCACCAUCUUAGGCCCCCCUGGGUCUGUGUAUGAAGGGGGGGUCUUCUUCCUGGACAUCACCUUCUCCUCAGAUUACCCCUUCAAACCGCCAAAGGUGACGUUCCGCACGAGGAUCUACCACUGCAACAUCAACAGCCAGGGUGUGAUCUGCCUAGACAUCCUGAAGGACAACUGGAGCCCCGCUCUCACCAUCUCCAAGGUGCUGCUGUCCAUCUGCUCCCUGCUCACAGACUGCAACCCGGCGGACCCCUUGGUGGGCAGCAUAGCCACGCAGUAUCUGACCAACAGGGCAGAACACGACAGGAUAGCGCGGCAGUGGACCAAGAGAUAUGCCACAUAGGCCUCCCCGCGUGCCGCAGGGAGCUGAACGCCGCGCAGCAGAUCUUUACAGCCUUUACGAUACGGACUUCUGUGUACAUGUCAUACUGAUUCCGCCCUGUGCUUUCACCCUGCCAAGACUGGGGACACACGCCCUCUGCUGGUGAAAGCUACAGGGUGCAGAAUUUUGUAGAUGUAGAUUUAGUUGUGUAUAAAAAUGCCUACUUGCAAGUCUUGCUUCUUUGGGAUAUAAAAAUGUAUUUUGUGAUGUAAUAAGGAAACCGUUCCUAAAGUCAACCAAAUAUUAUGGUGCAUUUUAGCCUCAACCAUUAUCUGUAUGAAUUUAAGGGAAGAAAAAAAGAAGAAAAAAAAACCUAGCUGUAGGAAAUGUCAUUUAUAUAAAAGCCAGAUCCAUUUCCGGUUAUGUGGUUCAUGCUGUUGUGAACUCUGCUUGACCUUCGUCAGUUUGUAAUGAAGACAUUUAAUUUACCCGUUUGUAGCCCAGCAAAAGUCUAACUCCCCCAAACAGAGUAAACCCCUUUUCCACAUACAAACUCCUCCCCUUUACAGCAAACUUCUCCACUAUACAGCAAACCCCUCCACUGUAUAGCAAACUCCCCCAAAUGCCAUCUUCUCCUCCCCAAACAAUCGACUCCUCCCACAAACAAUAAGCCCCUCACCAUAAACACAACAAACUCCUCCCACAAACAAAAUAAACUUCUCCCCCAGAGUCAGGUGUGCGGAGCGGUCAUGGAUGAUUGACAGUCACAGCUGCCAGGCAAAUACCUCUCAGAUUGGUUGUAGGCCAUAUACUAACCCACAUUUCCUCUGCUGUAUCUGUGAGCAGCGAACUGUUUUUACUGUUAAACUCUGGAUAUUCUUAUGAAUGUCUACCUCAUUACACUAUUAUCAUUAUGAUUAUGCUGAUUACAUUGUUAUGGAGCAGAAUUGAAUCUACGUUCUAUUCACUUUAAGUUUUUGGUUGUACUUUUGGCUAAUUUCUUGAAUAAUUGUAACUUUUAAUAUGUGGUCUCUGAACAGAAGCUUUCGGCACAUUGCAGCCACAUUUUUACAAUAACUGUUACAUUUAAUGCAGUUUAUUAAUAGCCUCAAAUGGAGAGUAAUAUUGUGCAGUUGACUGUACGGAGUUUGGAUCACCAGGGACUUCACCCUUCAGGGCAUAUUUUAAGUAUUUACUGCUGUAAAAACAACAUGAGAUUGGUGCAUUACUGCUAUUUACAGAAACUGUUAUGUAACUUAAAGGGAUACUUCAUUUUCUGUGUCUUAUUUCAGUUUUCGUGGAUGUGUCCACCGGCCUGGUUUCUGUGUGCAAUAAAGAUAUAUAAAAUAUUUCACCAUUGACCUGCUUGCUUCACAAUGGCAGGUAAAGGAUAUUUGGGGGUUAGCUGUCGAAUGCAUUAAAAUUCACAUUACAUGUCUCCAAAGCUGAUUGUACAGCAAUGUUAUACCUCCAGGGGUUGUGUGUGUCUAUAUUACCCAUUUAUUAAACUGUUUUAUAAAUGUGAUGUUUAAUAUUC